AUAUAAGGCCGUGCCCCCACACCACACGGUCUCUGUGUUCGCUGCAAGGUUUGGAUCCCCAGAAUUCUAUCCUCCUGCCAUGUGAAUGGACCAACAGGCCUGAAUGUGACCACAAGGCUAUCUGCAGGGUAAGUAGCACUUCCACAAUUCUGGUUUCAUCGCAAAGUCCCAUUUCGAUGGCUUUGAUACGUCGUUUGCUGUGUUCAUCUCUUCUCCGCAACCACCCAACACGUACAUUUGGGACAGAUGCAGGCAAUCCAGGGACAGGAGAGAGCCUUCGGAACAGCAUGGGUGAACGGGCGACCUGGGAUACAUUUUACUCACGGUCUUUCCCCAACAGCUCAUUACAUUUUGAUUGGUUCUUUGGCUAUGAUUUCCUACGUGGCUUCCUGCUAUCUUUAAUUGGUGAUAUAGCCCCAAAGGUUUAUGUUGGAACGCCCUUACAUGUGGUGGACGUUGGCUGUGGCACUUCGGACUUGGGUUUAUGUUUGUACCGUGAUUCUCCCAUUCCAAUAAUGGUAUCCUGCAUAGAUCGCUCAGAACCAGCUGUGCUCGCAAUGAGAGAGAGACUCAAGAAAGGACACCCUGUCAUUCCCCAACACCCGAAUUCUCACCUGGAAUAUAUCCAAGGUGAUGCCACGGACCUCAAUACCUUUCCUUCAACCAGUGUGUCACUCGUGCUUGAUAAAGGCACUUCAGAUGCUCUGCUCCGUUCAAGUAGGUUGGAAGCAUGUAAUAUGGUAAAGGAAUCUCUUCGGAUUCUGCAGCCAACUGGAAAACUGGUCCAGUUGACAGAUGAGGACCCAGAUGCUAGGCUUCCAUUCUUGGAGAAGGCAGGUGCAGGACCUACAGUGACACCACAUGAACUGGGGGAAAAGAACGGGGUGUUGUAUUAUGCUUAUAUUGUGACACCACUUCUGUGCUCUGCUUAAUAAAACAAACAAAAGACAAAA